ACGGAAUCCGGAGAUAAGCACUGGCACUAAUGGGCCUCUCAGGGCUUACGGUAUAUAGGACUUACAUUUCUCUUUUUCAUUGUCAUAUGCAGUGCUAUUAUAGAUGUCUUCAAAUUUAAAGUUAAAUUACUUUAUUUUGCAGGGUGAUGUUGAGGAAACACUGAAGAGGAUUGAAGCACAUGAAGGUGUAAUUGGAACAGUUGUGGUCAAUACUAAAGGAAUUAUCAUGAGAACAAGUUUAGAUAAUUGCACAGCAGCUCAGUACGCCUCACUUUUUCGUCAGCUCAUGAUCAAAGCCAGGGACACCGUCAGGGACAUUGACCCUCAAAAUGACCUCACAUUCCUCCGUAUCCGCUCAGAUAAACAUGAGAUUAUGGUUUCAUCAGACAACGGCUUUCUGGUGAUAGUCAUCCAGGAACUGCAAAGGGGAUAGCUGCUGGUCUUUCCACCAGAGUCAGCCUUCUUGACAGUGCACUCAAACUUCUAUAACUUCUAUACAUAGAUUUCUGGUGCAGUUCA